AUGAGGAAGAGAAGAAAAAGCAUUUUGCAGCAUUUAGUCGCAGUAGAUGUGCCAACCUGUAGCAAGAGUUCAUGUCUUGACGUUCCUUUUUGUUUCAUCAACUCUCCCCAGGCGGAGCAGCAGUUUCUCCAGGUACAGGAGGACAGACGGACCAUGCAACAAGAAAUCACAACGGUGCAGGCAGAGGUUCGAACCCUGGGGGCAGAACUAGAGAAAACCAAUCGCACAGACUCCAAGUACAUCGACCUGGUCAAGAAAGAGCACGAGAUUCUCCUGGUGGAGAAGGACAUGACCAACAGGAUCAAGGCCCUGGACAAAGCCGAGAGGGAUUUCUUCUCUCUGCUCAGCGCUGCCGUCCGCGAGAGAAAAGAGAGAGAGAGAGCCCGGGCGGAGAAGACCAAGUACUGGUCCAUCAUCGGCUCAGUGAUUGGAGCUAUUAUUGGAAUCGUGGGGUCGACUGUCAACAACCAUCGGAGGAUGACGCAGAUGAGGGCAAUUCUCACUGAGUCAGGGGAGAGCACUGCAGAGUAUAAAGCUAUAACAGACAAAUUGUUACAAACUAUUAGCCAGAAUUCAACUUCCGAGAGCUUUCAUUUUAUCCAGAACACAGAGAGUGGUGAUGUGAACACACAAAAGCAAAAAUUUGAACCCGAUUCCUUCGUGGUCAGCUCGCAGCUGAUGGAGAAACAAAGGGAGGAAAUUCUACACAGCAUAGAUAAACAAUCAGCGGUUGUUAUUUCUCAACUCGACGAAAUUCACCGACUUGUCGGAGUCCAACGAGCCCAGCAAGGGGAGACAAAUGUGGUGUAUGUCGGGCCGGAGAUCCAGACGAUGUUAGAGAGUACGCGGGAGAGUCUAGGAGAGAGGAUGAAACAGAACACGCUGGCGUCUACUGCGGCUAUCUCCGGCGUGUUGUCCAUUGGCAUUCUGGCGCUGGUUUAUGUCAUCAGAGGCUCAUCUUGACCUGUACCGUCUACCAUUACUACCAAGGGUCUGUCCCCGU